GGUUCUGUACAAAAUUCUGAUGUUUCUGUCUUGCCUGAGAGACCUUCUGAACCCUCCUGCACGUUUUACAUGAAGACGGGGACAUGUAAAUUUGGUGCUACCUGCAAAUUUCACCAUCCAAGAGAUAUACAAUUGCCAUCUCCAAAACAAGAAAGUGGCUCUGCGGAAAACCCUGGAUCAGCUAAUAAUGAGAUGACUGAGGAUGUGAAUCUCAUCAAGCCGCUUUCUGUUCCAGCUUUAUUGCACAACUCCAAAGGCCUUCCUAUUAGACCGGGUGAAGUUGAUUGUCCUUUCUACCUAAAAACUGGCAGCUGCAAGUAUGGAGGCACUUGCCGUUACAACCAUCCUGAAAGAACAGCUGCUAUUGGUCCUGCCCUUGUAGCCUCUCCCGCAACACAUUUGAACAUUGGAAUGGUUAAUCCAGCUGCCUCUCUCUUGCAAAAUUUAGAUCCAAGACUGACUCAGACAAUGCUUGGGUUGCUUUCACCUGUCUAUCCACAACGACCUGGACAAAUUGAAUGCGAUUUCUAUAUGAAAACUGGGGAAUGCAAGUUUGGUGAAAGAUGCAAGUUUCAUCACCCUCUUGAUCGUUCAGCACCAUUAGUGUCAGCGAAGGAUGUGCAGCAGCCAAAUGUUAAGCUUACUCUUGCUGGUCUACCAAGGAGGGAGGGUGCUGUACACUGUCCAUACUAUAUGAAGACUGGAAUGUGCAAGUAUGGGGCUACAUGCAAGUUUGACCAUCCACCACCUGGAGAGGUCUUGGGUAUGGCAACAUCGCAAGGGGCAUCCUUAUCUGUUGAGGGAGAAGAUACGGUUGAUGUGAAAGAGCAGCAGCAGUAAUGUUAUGGCUUAAAGGCCUUUCUUGUAGUCACCAUCUUUUUCAAUUACUACUUCUGUUACCAUUUUAUAGCAAACUUAUGAUUUGUGAGGCAUAAUUUUUCUUGAUGAGUUCCUGACAUUUUUAGAGUUCGAACAGUUUCCCGUCCACA